AAAAGUUAGUGGUUUACGUUCAAUGCUGUCAUUAUGAUGAGAUAUCCAUUUUUAUUGCUUUUCCUAAUCAACCAGUUCUGGUUCACUUCUGCACGUUGCCCCAGUCACUGGAUGAGAUUUUCAAACAAGUGCUAUCUUUUUGUUAAUCGUUAUCCUUUGGAUUGGAUUAAUGCAAUGAUAUUCUGCAAGGCUUAUGGAGCUAAGUUAGCCGAGGUAAAAUUCUCAUCAGAAAACAGCUUUCUUCGACACGAAGCUAGACGGCUUGGAGGAAGUUUCUGGUUAGGGGCUUCUGAUAUCAUCAUGGAAGGAACAUGGAAGUGGAUGAGCAGUAAAACAAGAUUAUAUUAUUCUGCCUGGCAAUCCGGACAGCCAAAUAAUUAUGGUAAUACGCAACAUUGUUUGCAUCUAUAUAGUCGUUUUAAGUACAGAUGGAAUGACGAUCAUUGUUACAAAAAACAUAAUUUUAUCUGUGAAAAAGCUGCAUAAGUUUCAAUGCAGUCAAAAACUG